AUGAUCCAAAGUGGCAGAGAAAAUGCACUUGGCUCCCAGCUCCCUUGGCACCCGUUCACACCCACCCACCCUGGCUCCCACCUUCUUGUCCACACACACCCGUCCCCACUGCCCCACCCCACCCAGCUCUCCAGGGAGGGCGGCAGGGAGGGAGGCCUGAAGGGAGGACCCUUUGGCCUCCGAGUGUCCAUAUCCCGUUCUCUUCCAAGUUUCUUUGUUGUGAAGCCAUUUCUCCAACAAGAUGCAAUGAACAGAUGUAACGUCUACACAGCGCCGGGCGAGUUCCCGAGGCCAUGGGCUGUUUGGAAUCGCACCUCAUUUAGAGGCAAACUAUUCCUUCACUCUGUUGGGUCGUUGCGCUUGUGA